AGAACAAAAACAUUGAGUCACAUAUGAAUCAAUUUAUCAAUAAAGAGAUUUUUUAGAGAGAGAGAGAUUUUUAGAGAGAGAGAGUUCCAACGUUGCAAGUCAACUCAGAGUCUCACUCUCUCAGUCUCAAGCAAGCCCAAAAAAAACAGCUAUAUGAAAUGACCUUUAUGCCCCUACAUCUAUUCCCUCUUCUCUCUUAAUUCUCUGCCACGCCGCCGUAACAAUGGAAGCUGCCACCACCAACUCCGGCGCACCACACUCGAGUUCGGAGCUCCAUGUCGAAGGGACACCCCAUGAUCCAAACCAAACCGGGUCGGGUCAAAAUUCGAUGGCAAGAUACAAACUGAUGUCGCCGGCGAAGCUUCCGAUCUCAAGGUCGCCGUGUAUCACAAUACCUCCGGGGUUUAGUCCGACGUCGUUUUUGGAGUCCCCAGUUCUUCUUUCCAACAUGAAGGUGGAGCCUUCACCGACUACAGGGUCCCUUCCUCAGCUUCUUCAAACUUUGCAUGGUUCUAUGCCUUCUGCCACAUUCCCUUUAACCACAACAUGCUUCAAUACCGGCACUGUUAAUGACAGAAAAUCAAGUUUCUUUGAGUUUAAACCACAUGAAAGAAAUAUGGUUCCUGCAGACUUCACCAACCAUGUAAGUGAACAAUCUACUCAAGUAGAAAGUCAAGGAAAAGGUCAAUCAUUUGGAUCCUCGCCUUUAAUCGAAAAUGAGAUUGCUGAUCAAUCUAAUGAAUUAAGCCUAUCCUCGCCCGUUCAAAUGGUUAGUUCCGGGGCCAGUGCUCAUGUUGAUGUCAAUUUGGAUGAAUUAAACCACAAAGGCAACACAACUAAUGCACCCGAAAAAGUAUCAAAUGAUGGAUACAAUUGGCGAAAAUAUGGUCAAAAACAUGUUAAAGGGAGUGAGUUUCCGCGCAGCUAUUACAAAUGUACACAUCCUAACUGCGAAGUGAAAAAACUUUUCGAACGCUCGGAUGAAGGUCAAAUCACCGAAAUAAUUUAUAAGGGAACACAUGAUCAUCCUAAACCUCAACCAAGCAACCGAUACUCUGCCGGUUCUAUUAUGUCUAUGCAAGGAGAGAGAUCUGAUAGGGCAUCUUCUUUGGCUGGCCGAGAUGUUGAACCCAACAGGACUCCCGAGCAAUCAACUGUGGCAACAAAUGAUCAUAGUCUAGAGGGUGCUAGAUUUGCGUCAACCAGGAUAAAUGACGAGGUUGAUGAUGACGAUAUCUUCUCAAAGAGAAGAAAAAUGGAACUCGGAAAUGCUGACAUCAUUCCUAUAGUUAAGCCUAUCCGAGAGCCACGGGUUGUUGUACAAACUACGAGUGAAGUUGAUAUAUUGGAUGAUGGAUACCGCUGGCGUAAAUAUGGGCAGAAAGUGGUGAGGGGAAAUCCUAACCCAAGGAGUUAUUACAAAUGCACAAAUGCCGGUUGUCCCGUUAGGAAACACGUGGAGAGGGCAUCUCAUGAUCCGAAAGCUGUAAUAACAACAUAUGAGGGAAAACACAAUCAUGAUGUACCUGCUGCAAAGAAUAGUAGCCAUGACAUGGCAGGACAUGCAGCUUCUGGUGGACAAACAAGGAUAAAGUUCGAAGAAUGCGAUACCAUUAGUCUCGACCUUGGGAUGGGAAUCAGUUCACCAGCUGAAAAUAGAUCAAACGGCCAAGGGAAAAUGCUGUUCUCUGAAUUGGCGAACAGUCAAACUCCCACAAGCAAUUCCAAUUUCAAGUUUGUUCAUACUACCUCAGCUCCAUCAUACUAUGGUGUUCUAAAUAACAGUUCGAAUCUGUUUGGUUCUAGAGAAAAUAGGAACGAUGGUUCGUCUUUAAAUCAUUCAUCGUAUCCUUGCUCGCAAAGCAUGGGAAGAAUACUUAUGGGGCCAUGAAAUUGAUUAUCACACUACUACAUUAAUAAAAUAAAAUAAAAUAAAAAUUAUGAGUAGUACUUUGUUUGGCUUUUUUGGCGGGCAUAGCUUCAAAAGUAAAAAUAUGUAAUUUUCUGUAAGAAAAUGCAGAUAGUCCUUGUAUGUUUAUAUCACCAUAUUUGAGAGCUGCUGCAUAGUAGUACUGAUAGUGGCUCUAGGUUGGCUUUCAAAUCUAAUUGUUGUUUGUAAUUGUAUAAUUAUGAUUAUUAUUAUUAUUAUAUCCAAAUUCUUCUGUGUA